UUUUAUAAUAAUAACCAAUGAGAUAAUGUUUGAAAUUCUUAUACAUUAAGUUUUGCCAAUAAAAAGUGUGUGAUUUUUAUGUUUUACAUUUGACGAGUAUUCAUACAAUUUGAGAAAUGAUCUUAUAUACUUACAUAUGUAAAUAAGUACAAACAGUACAGACAUUCUCUGCUGUUGCAUGAGAUUUUAUACCCGUAAGAAUUACGUAUUUUAAAUUAAUCAAUAAAUGAACAAAUUUAUUAUUAUAUUAUAAUAAUAAUUAUAAUUAUAUUAACAAUAAGUAUAUUUUUCAUUUAAAUAUAAGAUUAUUAAGUAUUCACCAUUUUUCGACUUAUUGUAUUAAUGUAUAUUUGCAUAAAAGUUCAAUUGUAAUGGACUGUGCCAAGAGUGUCAUAUACAAAUAAUGAGUAAAGGACAAUUCUCCCCAGUUAAUAAACUUACACAUACAAAAUCAACACAAGGAAGAAAUUUAACAGGUUCUGCUCGCCAUAUACGAGAUUUAAUUGCAGAUAUUCAUAAAAAUAUACAAAUUUGGAAUACACUUCAUUUAGAAGGAGUAACAUUACUAAAUAACAUAACUCAAGCGAAACAAGAUGAAUCUUAUUCUGAAAUUUUGCAAGAACAAUGUGAUAAAUUGGAAAUUGUUUGUGAUGGAUUGGACGACAUUGUAAAAAAUUUUGCUCGGAUUGAACAACAGAUGAAAAUAACAGCUUCUUUAGAAACUAGCAAGGACAAGUUAUUUACAACAUGGCCCAGUUCAAAAUUUGGACAAGUUGCAGAAUCAAUAUUUAGUAUAUAUUCCAAUGAAGCAAAAGUGAAGCGUGCAAUUUUGGAAGAUACAGCGCAUUAUUAUACAGAAUCUUGGAAAAUGUUGUUCCUUGCUAGUUGGGUGCAUCAACCAUUAUUACCAGAAAAUCUAACAACAGUCUUAGAAUCAAUGUUAAUAGAGAGUGGACAUAGGUAAUUAAUUAUUGGUGAUAUAAAUUUUGGUAAGUAUUUUUCUAUUUCAAAAACAAUUCAAUGUUUACAAUAAUUAUUUUUUGUAUUAUAUCAUAAGUUACAACUACUGAAAUAAAACAAAGAUUAACAGAA